GGUUUCUCUGUUUCUCAGCUUCGGCUUUUUGCAAAUGUGUGAGCUAUAAAAUGAGUUUCUUUGUUCGAAUUUUGCUCUAAUUUUCUGAUUUAAGAGUUAUUUUCUAUUGGUAUAGCUGUUAAAUAAAUCCUUUAUUCUUUUAAAUUCAUGAAUAUCAACCUACUCUGAAGACCAAACGUCGACACAAUCAUGGAUAUGGCACGGGAAGAGCUAGGACUGGUGUGGAUGGGUGACAUGCUGCUACAGAGUGAUCCAAUGAUGCUCGAUCAUCAGGCUGACGCUCCGUACUUCACUGAGCCUCAGCCACCAUUGGAUAGAUCUAACCUGUGUCUGGAGCAGCCGUAUCAGCACGAGAUAGAUGGGUUCAUGAUGCUGGGAGAGUUUGAGGACCCAUACUGCAACGAUGUCUCGGACCCGAGCAAGUUCAAUAUGACCACAUCGGCCACUCAGACUGCUGUGGAGCCUCGCUCUCGCAAGAUCAAACCCAUCAAACACCCCGGGCUGAAACUGCAGACUCCUAUAGCCUACCAGCGGGACACGGACCCCAGUGUCAUACCUAUACAGCGGGACGGAAUGGCCGUCUGUGAGAAGUGUGGUGCCAUUGGAGUGAAGCACGCGUUCUACACUAAGGAGCGCAAGUUCUGUAGCAUGCAGUGUGUGCGAGGUGCUUCGGAAAUGGACACUAAUUGGAAUGAAAACAACCAGGCUCAAGACGAGAAGCCUUCAUGGGAAAAUCUGUACGGAUACCAGCCACAGCCGCCAAGCUUGACUCCGGCCCCUCCUAUCAAAAUGGAACUGGACUAUGAGAAAAUCCCCCCGAUACCUCCUCUGCCUCCUGCUCUGCCUGCUGAGGACCCCCACUUUCCCCCGGACAAGAGUCGGAUCCCUGAACUGCAAGGAACAUUUGACUGGACCUCUCAACUCAAUGAUAAGUGCUUCAUGGCCGCUCCUGUUUCCUGUUUCAGACAUUCUCCAAUGGCAGAUUGCUGGGACAACAUAACCACCGGAAUGAAGGUUGAAGUAGAGAACUUUGACUGUGACAAUUUCUCUGAAGAUUUCCCUAACUCUUUCUGGGUUGCGACUGUGUUGAAAGUGUCCGGCUACAAAGCACAAUUGAGGUACGAGGGUUUCGGCACAAAUUCUGAGAAGGACUUCUGGGUUAAUCUCUGUUCCUCUUCAGUACACCCUGUAGGUUGGUGUGCAACUCGGGGCAAGCCCCUCAUCCCUCCUAAAACAAUUGAAGACAAAUAUAAAGAUUGGAAAGACUUCCUAGUCAAACGGCUAACAGGAGCUAGGACUUUACCGUCAAAUUUCUAUUCCAAAGUUCAUGACAGUUUAAGAUCCAGGUUUAGGUGUGAUCUCAAUUUAGAGGUGGUUGAUAAAAAUAGAAUAUGUCAGAUCAAAGUAGCUUCGAUUAAGAAGAUUGUUGGCAAACGGUUGCACAUUAGAUACUACAACACUGAUCCUGAGGAAGAUGGUGGGUUUUGGUGCCACGAGGACUCACCUUUGAUACAUCCUGUGGGCUGGGCUCGACGAAUCGGACAGACUAUUGAUGCACCCCCUGCAUACAUUGAUAGAUGCAUGAAGGGGCUUAGAGACAAAGACGAUGCCUCGGAAGAGUUGUUCCCAGUCCUGACCAGCAACCCGUUUGCUCCUGCCUCACAAUGCUUCCAGGAGGGGAUGAAGUUGGAGGCUGUAGAUCCCCUCAACCUGUCAGCCAUCUGUGUAGCCACUGUCAUGAAGGUUCUAAACGAAGGCUAUAUCAUGAUCCGAGUGGACUCGUACGAGGACAUAGGUGGUAAGGACUGGUUCUGCUACCACAUGAGCUCCCCGUACAUCUUCCCUGCAGGCUUCUGUGCCUCAAAUAGCAUUCCACUGUCCCCACCCAAGGCCUGGGAGAACGCACAGUUUGACUGGGCAGAAUACCUCAAGACAACCGGGACCACCGCGGCACCCCUCCAUCUCUUUAACAGGGAGAUACCCAAUCACGGGUUCGUGGUUGGUAUGAAACUAGAGGCUGUUGAUCUGAUGGAGCCUAGGCUGGUGUGUGUGGCUACCGUCUCCAGAGUUAUCGGGAGGCUAUUGAAGAUCCACUUUGAUGGGUGGGAGGAGGAGUACGACCAGUGGCUGGAUUGCUGCAGUCCGGACAUGUACCCGGUGGGCUGGUGUCAGCUUGUAUGUCACAAGCUGGAAGCACCACCUACUCCGGUUAAGAACGGCGUCAAUCAAGGCAAGACAGGCCGGAUAGGUCGCAAGCGCCGACGCCGCAUGGGAGGGAAGAAGCCUCCCGCGGUGGCGCUGCGCAAGCCCGUCACCGAGAGUCCGCUGGCGAUGCCACUACGACCGGAGUACGCUGAGUGGGUCAAUGAGCCUGUACAGGAUAGCGUGCUGACAGGUGAUGAGAAUAUGUCGCUGGUGGACGAGCUGACUGCUAGUCACCCUGAGACGGCUCACCAGCCCCCCGCUCUGACAGGGCUGUUACCACCAGCCCCACUGUGUGCUCCACUGCUGCCUCCGCCUGCUGACUGUAGCCCCUCCCCCACCCUCACACACCAUCCGACCAGCACCACCACCACCAACACUGUCCAAAUGAACGGUUGGAGUAGUGGCAGCGCUGAGUCUCCGAUGGUUGGCAACCGGGAACCGAGGGAGCUAGUACCUCACCUUUGGUCGGUGGAAGAAGUCGCUCAGUUCUUACAAGACAGUGACUGCGGCGCUUACACCGACAGAUUUGUUAACAAGAACAUCAAUGGAGCCCAGCUGCUUAAUCUCACGCACGAUGACAUCAUGGAUCUGACGGGUAUGAAAAUGGGACCUUCGUUAAAGAUCGGUCAGCUGAUUACCCAGCUGAAAAUCAAAGUGAACCCAGCACAAGAGCGAAUGAAGGCAGGUCUGAAGAAGUUUCUAUGAACUGUGCUUUCAAACGGUUAAAGCAACUAGUAGCAAUACGGAGUUAUUUGUUUGAAUCUGUUCCUCUGGCUAAACUGUUUACAUAAAUGUUUUAACCGCCUUAUUUUACGGUACAAAUGUGUGUUGGGUGUGAAUUGUCUUAAAUUAUUUAUAUGUAAUUGUUUGACUGUCGAUAAGUCGUUGAAAUUCAAGUUUGUUUUGAUAACCAACUCGAAAUUUAUAAAUGAAGCAAAGGUAUUAUAUUAAACAUUCUAUUUUACUCUAUGAAUAGUGAUAAACACCAAUAUUUGUUGUUAUCAGAAACAAUCAAUAAGAGUGCUUCCUUGGUGUAUGGCAUUUGAUUAUUAUGGCUUAGGUUAAAUGUUGCCUUAAAAAAAGGAAAAGACAGAGGAACAGAUAUUGCUGAAAUCAAAACUUUCAACAUCAAAGAGUUUCUGUCUAUUUUUUAGACCAGUGUGUACUAUAAAUUUUAAGAGACUGUUAAUUAAUCCUCUUGUAAAUGUAUAUUUUAAACCUGUUAGUGAGUUUUUUAGUCCUGCGUUGUGUAUUUAUUUGUCAAUCAUGUCUUGAAUAUUUUAAUUUUCCCAGUAUUUGUGCUUUUAUUAGUUUUUGUAGGCAGUAUGAUAACUCAUUUGAUCUUAAUUUUGUAAGAUAUUAUUGUAUUGUCGAGAUAUCGCAUCAUAUCCUUGACUUAUUAUUUUUAUUUCAAUCUUAUUUGUGUUUAUACUCAAUUGAGAAUCCAGGUUUUGACAGAGUAAAAUAAACCUGUUAAAACGUUGUACUGAUACUUUAAUUAACUCUUCAAAACUUCUUGUCUUAAUUUACUUCAAAGGCAAAGUAAAUUAUUAUUCAUCGGAGAAUUGUUGAAAUUUACCCUUCAUUUUUAAUAGUUCACAACGUAUUACCAAUUAGGGGACACAAUUGCACACAUUAUAUAAAAGUUUGGUUUUUAGUUUUUGCAAAGCAUAACUGAAUUGGUGAUUCUGAUUCAUCCAUAUUUUUGGUUUUAAAACCAAAUCAUAAAAAAUACUGGCCUAAAGGUCCCUCCCUGCACUUCACUUUGUAUAUUUUUAUAAUGUUUUGAGUAGCCUAUCCUCUACUGUAGCUAAAAACUAUCUGAAAACAUAUUAUUUGUAAUAGGUAUUUGUCCAGAUGUAUUUAUUUGUGUGGUGAAUCUCCAGGGUAUGCAUAUUUUGUAAGGAAAUGAAAAUGAUUUUAUUGUGUUUGUCUUACUUUGAUGUUCUCAUUAUUUUAUUUUUUUAAUGGAUUUGUCAUAAGAUUUGGUUGUAUUUUGCAUCACAUUGCUACUUACGUUAGCUUCCUUGUCGGUGAUAUUCUAGUUCUAAGGAGAAAGGUGUUAUAUGUGUUGGUAUUUUUAAAUGUGUACAACUAUUCCGUUGUAUUCUUUAGCAAUCGUUUUAUUUUACAAUCAAAUAUACAGUUUAAAAUUAUUUUUUUAAAUAAGAUUAGUCAUAAAUUUAACAUACUCAGGUAUAUAUUUUUGUCAAGAUAGCUGGCUUAGGCCUACUUGAAUGGGAAAGACACCAUACAGGCACAAUAAACAAAAUAUCUUCUUCCCUAUAGAAAUUCGCUAAAACUUUGAAACUCCAUACUCCAUAGGUUUGACUAUCUCAUAAUUUUCAACCAAAAUAGGAUUGAGAUGGAAAGCAAGAUCUCCCAUAUGGUAAAAAGUUUAUGGGUUUGUGGCAGAACGGAUUCCUUUCCAUUCAGGUAGGCCUGAGCCUGCUAAUUCAACAAUCGUUAAAAAUCAAUGCUAGUGCCCUAUGUCAUGUCAUUGUGGAUCAGCUGAAAUAAUUUUUAAAUAUAAUUGUCAUUGGUCUCUCGAAUGUAUUGAGUAACACACGAUAUCGCUCAAAUACACACGAGCUGUUGUUGGACUUCAAAAUCACAUCAAAACCGCUUUUACAAUAGGGUGAGAAGCCUAUGAGCAAUAUAUAAAGUCAAUUGUUUAGUUUAUCACAAAUAACAAGACUUAAAAUAACCAUACUUGGCAUCAAGGCAUAUUUCACGAUGUUACGAUACAUUAAAAUUUCCAGUUUAAAAGAACUUUGAUUUAUUUAUUUUCAAUUCACUUUAUUCAGGAUAAAAAUUGGUCUUUGUUUUGGUUUACUGAGUUGAUUCUGUAAAAAAAAUGUUAAAAGAUCAAAUAAAUAUGCUAUUGACUUGCUAGAUGUCCCGGUGAAUUCUCAUACUUUCCUUGUAAUUUUAUUACAUUGUGAUAUUGUGUUUUUGUCUUUCGAGCGAUUUCCAUAGUUUAUCUUUUAGCUUUGUUACUGCAUUACAAAGUUUAAAGAAUAUUUAACGAUUUGUAUAUGCCAACAGUAAUUAUGUGAGGCUAUGUUGAUAUACAGUUAAGCAGUCUAUGUCAAUAGUAAUACUCGAUGCCUGAAGGUACGUACCUGACAUUCUACUUGUAACCCACUGCCCCUAUGCCUUGGGCCAGCACUCCGAAAUGUGUAUAUGUACAUAAUAAGUAUAGGACGAUGCCUUAACACUGUAUUUUAUCUGUAAGAUGUACCUAGGCUAAGUUUAAUUUCGUACUAGAUACGAUAUUGAGUGAAACGUUUUUUAAAUAGUUUUUAUAUUUUACCCACCACCCAGAGAAAUAAUGUACAUAUUACUCUCGAUUUUUAAGAAGUUUUAAUUGUAUAAUAAAUUACAGUUUUGUCAUACAUAUUGAUUGAAGAAUGUAUUUUAGUUUAUAUAUAAAAUAAUAUUGUGGGUUGCACAAAAUCUUUCUUGUUGGCUGAUCACAAAGAUGUUUCUCACCUUACUUGUCUGUUUUAUUUUGUCUAUUCAGAAUGAAAUACUUUAAAUGACUGAUACAAGUUUAAUUUUAAGAGUGAUUAAACAUAAUUGAGGGUUUGCAAUCAUCAAGUUUAGUCAAUUGCUUAAAAAACGUUUUCCUCAAACUGUUUCAGCUCAUUGAGUUUGAGGUUGUAAAUUUUAGAUCACAUGAAAACAAAACAUGUUAACUUCAGUGGUACAAGUGCCAUGUACUCACUAUAUGUCUAUCAUGCAUAAAUAUAAUCGUAGUAGA